CUUGCAGACCACGCAAAUAUAAUGAUGAUUGCGCGCAUCCUUCUCUCAUAUAUACAUUUCCCAAUCAGAAUUUAACACAGUUUCGCAAUGAAGGUGCUGAAAUCGACGUUUAUUUUGCUGCUGGCAUUCAUUUUACACACAACAUGUCACCCUUUCCACCCGAAAUCGGACCUGGUGCACAAAGGUCACAAGAAAAUAGCGCCGAAGCACGACCCGUUGCAUGUUCGGACGGAUAUCAAGAAGAAAUUACGCACCCUCACGACCGGUAAAAGCAAAUUAGCGGAGGAAGCUCAGGCCCGCUUGGAGGUGAUCCGCAAGCAGCUGCAGGAGCUGAUGGAACGAAAAGUUCCGCCGAAGUCGAAGGUGAGCAAGGUCGCGCACGAAGUGAAGAAUGUCGAGAAGAAGAAGCGAUGGUACAAACUGAAGAAGGACAUGAAACGGGUUCUGUCGCGCGCAAGUAUAGUUGGCGAGUCGCGUACCAAAGAAGUCGAAACUACCUCCUCCACCACGGAGAAGUCUGUCAUCCUUCAACCUGAAGAUUUGUACUCGUGAUUAAAUAUAUCUAAGUUUGUACAUUAUAACUCCUGUUAUUGUUUCCUUGGCUAAUCAGGAGCAUUUUUUCGAACCUCAUGAUGGUGUUUGCAUCAGAAGAACGUCUUUAUGGGGGCUCUUAGCAUACGAAAACUUGAUGGUUUCUUUCCAAAACUUAGCAAUGAGGGUGCUAAGUAAAAUACAGAAGAAAUUAUGGAGUAGAGCAAUAAAAGUAUUCAUUUUGGAAAGCAGCCAUUUACUUAAGAAGUAUAGGCAACACACAAUACACUACUGCUUCAACUCCAUUUAAUUUUGUGGCACGUUACAUUUUAAUUCCUAGGUUUUAGAUGUCUUUUAAAACUUUGAUGGAUCAUAUGAAAUGUGUGCAUAGUCACAUUUAAACAAACUAUCAAAAGUUUGUGAGUUACAUUUUAAAUUGUUCCACGUUUGGUGUAUGGGUGCUGGUAGGAAAGUCCUGUAAUCGCAAAGUUCACAUUUAAAUUUCGUUAGUUGCCUGACCUGAAUUAUAUGACCAAUUUGUUAUAUUUAAUUUAAAAUUACACUGUGAGAACUUAAUUAAAUUAUAAUAAAUGACACAACACCGAAUGGAUGUACAUUAGUCGCAGUUCACCACAAAUUAAAACUUUUAGCUGUAAUUAUAGGGCGUGUUCGUUUAUUCAGUGUACAAUCGAAAGAAUUACAGGUAACAGGUAGCAUUCGUUCAUGCAUCAAAGUUAGAAACAAGCACGCUCGAGUAGGUUUAUGCUGUUACACAAAUGAU